GUUCAAGAUGCUGGGCAGGAGAUGGUGGCAUCUUCUGGCACACCAGGAUCAGGGAAAUCAAAGCUGGACACAUUGCCCAAAGAGGACCUCAUCAAGUUUGCAAAAAAGCAAAUGAUGCUUAUACAGAAAGUGAAGUCAAGAUGUGCAGAGCUGGAGAAAGAAAUUGAUGAACUCAGAUCUAAAGCAGCUACUGCAGGAGCUGAUGAUAUUAUUCAGGCUCUCACAGAAAGGCUGGAUGCUGUGCUUCUGGAAAAAGCUGAAAGUCAGCAGCAGUGCAUAGCUCUGAAAAAAGAAAAUAUUCAAGUAAAGCAAGAAGCAGAGGCUGCAGUGGCAAAAACUGAAGAAUUGCAGAAGGAACUGGAACAAUCAAGAAUUGACUCUCUGGAAGAAAUAAAGGCUCUGAAGAGUGAAUUAGCAAAUGCACAAUGCAAGCACGAUGAGGAUUUAAAAAAGCUGAAGAUGGAAUUAGAAGAACAAGUAAAAAAACAAAUGGAGCUGGUGGAACAGGCUGAAUGUUACAAUGACAGUCAAAAAGAAGUUAAAAGAUUACAAGAUGAUGUCCAAAGAAUUAAAUCUACUUAUGAGGAGCAAAUUUUGUGUCUGAACAAACAGUUGGAAGAUUUGAAUGAAGACAAAAACAAAGAAGUGACAAAUCUGCAAGAAACUAUUAAAAGCAACUCUCAGUGUUACCAUAAUGAAAUAAAAAAUCUGAAUGAAGAGCUUAAAAAAUUAAAAAUUGCCCAUCAGGAAGAGGUGUCAGAACUAAUGCAUCAAAUUGAAGUAUCAUCUAAAGAGAAUGAAGAAAAGCAAAAUCAAAUAAAUCAGUUACAGCACAAUUUGGCAGAGAAAAAUGCCAAGGAUGAAAUGCAUGCUCAAACUGACCAGCAUGAAUAUAACUUGGAUCAACUGAGAGAAGUCUUAAAUAAAAAUUUAGAAAACAAGAUAGAUGUUGCAGAUACACAGGAAGAACCUUGUGUAGAAGCAAAAAUGGAAGAAAAAGUUAGAUACCUAGAGCAUAGUUUAGAAGAACUCCAGUCUCAACAUAGUAUAUUAAAAGAUGAGUUAACUUAUAUGACCAAUGUCAAGAUAAAACUUGAAGAGGAAAUCCAUCGUAUGAAGGAUGAGUACUUUCACGAGAGGGAAGAUUUGGACUUUAAGAUAAAUGAAUUGCAGCUUACUAAAGAAGAUUACUGCUGUGUAAUUGAAAAACUAAAAUUGGAGCUUCAAGCAGCGGGACAGCACUAUGAAACUGCUGCGAAAGAGCACAAAUUGGAGAUUCAAACUCUGAAAAAUGAACACAAGAGAGAAAUUUCUGAACUAAAUGAAACUUUAUUAUCUGGUUCUGAAAAAGAACAGAUGGCAUUCGUUUUUGAAAUGCAGGAACUUAGAGAACAACUUGAAAAGCUAACUCAGGAGAAAGAAGAAGCAGUGUCCAGUUACAACAGCCUGAGAGAAACAAUGGAAACUCUACAGGCUGAGCUAGGUGAAUCUGCUGGAAAGAUCAGCCAGGAGUUUGAAUCAAUGAAACAACAGCAAGCUUCUGAUGUCAGUCAACUGCAACAGAAACUCCGGGCUGCUUUCAAUGAAAAGGAUGUUCUUCUUGAAACUGUAAAUCGCCUCCAGGAAGAAGUAGAAAAAUUGUCAUCCAAUCAGUUAGAGAUAGAAGAGCUUAAAUGUAAAAUUGCUAGUCUUCAGGAGGACAAUAACACAAUGAUAAGCUCUAUUGACCAAAAAGAGAUUACUAUAAGAGAACUGGAAGAAAAGAUAGUUGUACUAACUGAUCAAAACAGGGAUAUUUUAAAUGAUGUAAAAUGCUUGGGUGAAGAGAGAGAAAUCCUUCAGGAAACGUCCAAGCAAGACCAAGUUAAAAUUCAGGAACUUCAGCAAGAAGUGGAUGUUGCUAAACAGUACGUUAAUGACCUGAAGCAAAAGCAAGAGGUAUUAAUAGAGAGACUGAAUGAAGCUUUAACUUUAAAGGGUGAAAAUGCUCAAAUGCUAGAGCAACUAGAAAAACAGAUUGAAUCUCUGGUGCGUGAUAAAGAGCAGCUUUCAUCUGAAGUGUACACUCUUCAUGAGGAAAAUAAGAAACUCAUUCAGGAAAAAGGUGAAUUAAGUGAAGAGCUGGGAAAGGCUACAUCUGAAAAAGAUGGUUGUUUAGUAUUGAAAGAGCAGUCUGAAAACUUACAAAACAAACUACAAAUGAUGACUGCAGAAAAAGAUCAUAUAUCAACACUACUUGAAAAUGAGCAAAUGCACACAUCCCUUGUAAGAACUCAGCUGUACCACCUACUUGAGCAGGUGGGGUUCAGCGUUUCAGAUUCUAAUGAAGAAUAUGAUUCUCUUAACUUGUUAAAAAUUGCAAAUGAAUGCUUAUCAAAAAUGAAAGAAGAGCAGUGCCUUGCUCUACAAAAGGAGGAGGAAGUAAUUAGUUUGCAGCGAGAAGUUGAGAGAUUAGAGGAAGAAAAUGCAGCUCAACAUAGAGAACAUAGAUCCCUUAUUCAUGAUUUUGAAAAAGAAAAAAAUCUCUUGAGAGAAGAACUGGAAGGAGUGUUGUCUGAAAAAGAAGCGCUUCAACGUGACAUCCAGGAGCUGAGGAAUGCCAGUGAAAAAGCAAGGAUUGAAAAUCAAGAUCUUUUAGCUAAUGCUGAAGAGAUCAAUCAAAAACUUGCUUUUUAUGAAAGUCAAAUACAAGAACAGCAAAAAGAAUCUGAAAAACAAGACGACCUAAAUUUCAUUCUGGAACAAAAGGAAACUGAGCUUAGAAAUGUGAAAGACGAACUGAGUUCUCUAAAGAAUUUAAUGGAGACAAUGACUGAGAAAACUGAUCAACAGUCUUCAGUAGCAGAGCUUCAAGAAAAAAUUGGGAUGCUUGAAAAAGAAUCUGCUGAAAAAGGAGAGAAGCUAAACAAAAUUAAAGUGGUUGCUGUGAAAGCAAAGAAAGAAUUAGAUGCCAGCCGAAAAGAGACGCAGACUCUGAAGGAACAGUUGGAGUUGGUUCAAUCAGAAAAAGAUCAAUUGUCUGCUUCAAUGAAAGAUGUAAUCCAAGGAGCUGAAAGCUAUAAGAAUCUUUUGAUCGAAUAUGACAAGCAAGGAGAAGAGCUGGAUUCUGAAAAAGGCAGAGCAAAUAAUCUUGAACGUCAGAUAGAUGACCUCACAAGACAGCUACAGGUGUCAUCCGAGCAGCAUGAUCAGUUACGCUCUGCUAAUGAAGAUCUCCUGGCUCGUGUUGAAACACUGCAAAAUAAUGCCAAGCUGCUGGAAACUCAGAUACUGGAGAUACAAAGAGCCAAAGCAAAGGCUGACAAAGAACUAGAAGCUGAAAAGCUUCUGAGAGAACAGAAAACAAAGGAGCAUAGUGGUGCUCUCCGAGAAAUGGAGGAGCUUCAGAUGCAACUUCAGAAGGAAAAGAAACAUCUGCAGAAAACUAUGCAAGAACUAGAGCUGGCCAGAAAGGAUGCUCAGAAGAGUACACUGAUGGAUAUGGAAAUAGCUGAUUAUGAAAAGCUAGUAAAAGAACUUAAUCAGAAGAUUACUGAUAAAGACAGCAGAAUAGAAGAUCUUGAGCAAGAAACAGGGAUUCAGAAACAGAAACAGGAAACCCUACAGGAAGAAAUAAAGUCACUUCAGUCAACUAUGCAACAGGAUGAGGAAAGAAAUGCCAAGAUAAAACAACUCCUGGUGAAAACCAAAAAAGAACUAGCUGAUUCAAAACAAGCAGAAAGUGACCAUCUAAUGUUGCAGGAAUCAUUGAAAGGGGAACUGGAAGCCAGUCAACAGCAAGUGGAAGCCUAUAAGAUUCAAGUGGCUGUACUGACAUCAGAAAAGCAUAAAGUUCAGGAACAACUGCGAACAUCUUCAGAGCAGCACCAGCGUACGAUGAGUGCUUGCCAGCAAAAAAUUGCAGCCCUGCAAGAAGAGUGCAAAACAGCCCAGGCUGAACAAGCAUCUAUUACAUCUGAAUUUGAGAGCUACAAAGUCCGUGUUCAUAAUGUUCUAAAACAGCAAAAGAAUAAAUCUGCUGCUCGGACAGAAUCUGAAGGAGCCAAACAAGAAAGGGAACAGUUGGAAAUGGUGAUAGAUCAACUUAAAGUUAAGUUGCAAGAUGCUCAGCAUAAUUCACAGAUGAAUGCCUCUGAACUCCAGACAUUGCAGUCGGAACAUGACACCCUGCUGGAAAGACACAAUAAGAUGCUGCAAGAGACUGUUGCAAAAGAAGCAGAACUCCGUGAAAAGCUCUGCACAAUACAGUCUGAGAACAUGGUCAUCAAAACAGAGCAUGCCCAGGCAUUGAGUCAGCUGACAGCCCAGAAUGAAGCUCUCCGGAACAAUUUCAGAGAUCAGGUCAGGAAUCUGCAAGAAGAGCACAGAAAGACAGUAGAAACACUUCAGCAGCAACUCUCCAGAGUAGAAACUCAGCUCUUCCAGCUCAAGAGUGAACCAAGCACUAGAGGUCCAGCUGUUUCAAAUCCAGCAAUGAAGAGCUUGAGAGAACGGCGGAACACUGACCUUCCUGUCCUCGAUGUGCACACUGUCGCUAGGGAAGAGGGAGAAGGUAUGGAAACAACAGACACGGAGUCUGUGUCCUCAGCCAGCACCUAUGUUCAAUCCUUGGAGCAACUUCUGAACUCAUCAGAAGCAAAGCCUGAACCAUCUCAGUGGCAAGCAGAUCUCACCAAGGAUGAACUGAUUCAGAAACUAAACACAACAACUAAGAGUGCUGAUCACUUGAAUGAAUUACUUCGUGAAUCAGAAGCAACCAAUGCAAUCCUAAUGGAACAAAUAAAGGUUAGCAGACACACAAGAGAUGUGAAGACAGCUCUAAUUUCCGUGGUCUCAAGCUGUGCAAUUAAUUUUGAGAGAGAAAAGUCUGUGGCUAACCUAGAAUACUUGAAGAAUGUUCUAUUGCAGUUCAUAUUUCUGAAAUCAGGAAGCGAGAAGGAACGGCUGCUCCCAGUGAUAGACACCAUGUUGCAGCUCAGCCCUGAAGAGAAAGGGAAGUUGGUUGCAAUUGCCCAAGGUGAAGAAGAGAGUACCUCACGGCCUUCUGGGUGGGCUUCAUACCUCCACAGCUGGUCAGGACUUCGAUAAAACAGUGGAAACACUGAAUCUUUAAAAACAUUCCAAAAACAACUGCAAACCAGAGAAAUCUUACUGUAGAUCUGUUGGUGUUGUAGCGUUGAACUACAGGGUUUUAUUUCUGUGUGUUAUUUUCAGCUUUUUAGGCUCUACUAAGAAAGCAGCCUGCAGUAGCUCUGAAACAUGGUCCUAUGUUAUGCUCUGGCAGCAGUGAAUUAUUUUUCUUGUAAAUGUUAAAGCUGAUAGUAAGAACUAUGAGAAGUGACAAAUUAAUUGCAAAUAGCUUGGAAACAGAAUAUGUCACCCUGUGAUAGCUCUUUUGAUAUCAGUUUAAAAGUUUGACCUGAUAUAUUAACUGGAAUAACUAGAGUUUAGAUUUAAAACAUUUAAAAGUGUUUACAGUUGCUUUCACAUAUCACUGUCAGCUAGCUAAUCUAUAUGGUUAAUGUUAUUCUCUACACAUUUAAGAAAUCUAAAAUUAUUUCCUCUCUUGUGAUGGCUACAAAAUAUGAGACAAUUAAGAAACAGAAAGGGCAUUUUCUGCUUUAAAGUUGUAGUCUUUCCUAAAUUAUUUUGCUUUUGCAGAACAUGAAGGCAACAGUUCACAAAAUGUAGAGGGUGCAAAAAUCUGUAUGAAAUACAGUGCUUGUCACAGCUGGUACUGUAGUUGAGAUUAAUGGCAUCUCUGGAAGCCAUAGGAUAGUACUGCAAUACUCUGAGGUCCUAAAUGAGCUAAAGCUUUGUGAAAAAGGACUGAAGCUAGGGCUUUUUAAUCUGAGGUUGGAAGUUCGUGGAAAAGACCAGGAAGAAACGUUCCAUUACUGUAACGAUGUCUGUAAUUGGAUUACAAGACUACUCAUACUGACUUAGUCAUAGUGAAGACACUAAAGAAAGAAUUUGAGCCCACAGGUCAGACUCCUAACAUUAACUUCUGAGAGAAAAUAAUGAAACUUUUGUCAAUAGAUGCAUCUUUUAAAUGUUCUAAUGAUUGAAAAUCUUAUUCUCUCACUUACCUGUAUGUGUGCACAUUGUUUGCACAGAUCUUUUGCACAGAUGAGAUGAUCUCUGUUCCAGGUUACUCAACAGAAGUUGUUUUUUCCAAGAAAAAUGAAUUUCCACCAUCUCUGCUUCUGUUAGCAGCACAGCACCUUUUUUUUGCCUUCAGUUGUCUUCUCCCCUUUACAGUCCAUAAUGCUUUUCACCAUCUUAAUUUAUUUGUAAGGUUUUAAAAAACAUGCAUAUGUGUUUGGAUCCUGCUUAUGUUUAAACCAGAGUAUUUUUGUCUUUUUCACCCAUAUUUUUAUGUUCUCUGUGUUGUUUUACAGAGAGUCUUUCCCUAGUACACAUAGAAAUACUAAAUAGGUUUCUUCCUUUCCUAUCUGCCUGAGCUCAGGCUCUGAGGAAAUGACACUUGUUCCUUUAAUAUUGCCUUAUUUCAGGCUGAGAUUAAUCUGAACAUAUGAACAGAAUGGCAACAUUUUGAGAAUAAACUGUUCAGUAAGUUUGCUUUUGGUUUAAUUUCUUGCUUGUUGUAUAUGUUUCGGUACACAAUCAACAAAGCAACCAGGCUUUAUUUAGGUAUUUUAAUUCCUUUCCACUGUCUUAGGCACUUCUUUCUAUUUUCUUCCCCUCCAAUAUGUAUUUUAACUGGAACUUUUUUGGUUUGUGCUACUGGGGAAAACAUUCUCUGUGGACUUGCAGAGACAAGAACAUAGAACAGAUGAACAGCAGUGUGAGGGACGAGUCUUCUGGGUGUCUGUAGGUAGCAGACAGGAGGCUGUGUUUAGGCUUUCUUGCAUUUGCCUUUGGAAUGAUACACCUUAUCUUCAGCAUUUGUGAUUUAGACCAGACCUCAAAUGUUGGAUUCAAACUCUUUAUUCAGCUGGAUUUGGUUAAUGUCACUCAAAAGAAUGCCAAAGCACAGCAACAGGAGAGAUUUGAAAUAUGUAUAAAAAAUAAGUGCUAGUCGUCCUCCUGCUGUGAUUUUUAACAAUGGAAGCACAUGAGUAGAAGGGUAUGGCUUUGUCUCACUCAGUUCACACUCCAUUGCAACUGACUUGAUUUAGUCUUUGUUAUUGCUAAAGAGGUGUGAUGAGUUCCUCUUAAAAUGCACAUAUUUCAGAACUGUAAAUUAUUUAACAUUGUAAGCUGUGAAUAAAGGUAUGCAAGUAACAUAUCACCGGCUGUAUGAAAUACCAAUUGCUUAUUGACUUCUUUCAAGUCUGAGUUGCAUGCUCACUGUUUUUAGUAAAACUUGAGUACCGUACUUAUGAAUGUAGUGAACAACUUGCAUUAAUAUAUAUUUUUUUUACAAUGAAAUGGUGAGAUCUUAAUUAAUGUAAAAAUAUUUUAAUAACUGUUACUAAACUGUUUUCUGUUGCUAAGAUUGCCAGAACUUACCUAUGUGGCAAUAAACUGACUGUAAGCAAAUAUAUCAAAGUUUAACAGACACUUGAGUACAUGGCAUAGAAGAAUGUGAACUGGAAACAAGAUUAUUUUGCAUAGAGAACUUUUUAUAUGACAUAUAUUUGCAUUUGUAAUGUGCAGCAUUGGAGCUGUGAUUUGCUUUCAAAAAGCAAUUUAAAGUUUUAACUAGUACUGCUGCUGCUUGAUAUACUGUGGUGCUCUUUUUUGGAAGAGCAUUGUGCUGACUUUGGUUUCUGGUUCAUUUUGUUUUCUUUACAGUGCCACAUUUAUUAGAAUGUUUCACAGAAAAUGUCACCCUUGCCCAAAAUGUUUAUAAGCUUAGGACCAGUCUUUAUCUUUUAACAGUCUGCCUUUGGCCCAAGCAUAAGGAGAACAUAAUAAUAAUAAUAGUAAUAAUAAUGAUUCUGCUGUCACUAUGCAGACUGUAUAUUAAUUAAAAACCAGAAAUGGGAGUGAUUCAACGUUCCUGAACCUGCAUGUGCGCUGUGGUUGAAUUUUUAGCUAUCUAAUGCUGACUUAGAAACAGGUUAUAUGUCUUUCAUUUUCCCUUUACCCAGAAGGGAGAUUCAUCUGUGCAAGCAAAUAGUGCUCCAGCUGAAAGACAAGGAGAUCAGAGCUUGUCAGACUGUUGUAUAGAUGUGGCCAGUUAAAUCUGGGGUUCAGGAUGGCCAAAGGGUACCAUGUUAGUUAGAAAUUAUACACAAGAGAGUAAAAGUUGCUUUUUUUCUUCCAUGACCCUCCUUGUCCAAAGUAUAAUUGUGAGAAUACAGGGUUAGAUUAUUUUCUAAAUUUAAAUCCUCCUUCAUCCUUUUGCUGUGAUAAGAGAUGAUAUAUCAUGAAAUUGUGGAGGAAUGCCUAAAAAAUGUUCCUUAGUUUGUACUAAGUGACUUUGAAGGCGUCUUAAACAUACAUGCUUCAUUUGGCUUUGCCUUUGCUUCUCCCAGUGCACCAAUACUUCCUAAACUACCUGCUAGUUCUACUAUUGUUGGUACUGUGAAAAUAUGUCUCUUUCAAGCCUUGCAAAUAGCAGUCACCACUCACAAGCUGCGAAACCAAAUGUAUGAAGAAAUAAAAAAUAUAUUUGUUGUAGUAAUUUCAGAAUUGCUAGUCUGCAUAGAUAAGUAUUUUGUUUGGAAAUAAUGUCUUUGAUGGCCUUUUCUUGUGGCCAUCACUUCAAUAAAAGUCACCUUUACUCAA